CCGCUCCGCCGCGCCGCCGCCGCCGCCUUCCCGGGAUGAGCGCUCCCCCGACGCCACCUCCCGGGGGCGAGGAAAGACUCGAGACGGCCUGGCCCCCCGGCGACCAACGCCAGCGGCACCCCGGCGGCGACGGAGGAGGCGGCGGCGGCGGGGACCGGCGGGCGGUGGCGGCGGGCUCGGUAGCCAUCCAGUGAGUCUCCGCGCUGGUGUGCCUGGUGGGCAACGCCCUGGUCAUCUUCGUGAUCCUCCGCUACGCCAAGAUGAAGACGGCCACCAACAUCUACCUACUGAACCUGGCUGCGGCCGACGAGCUCUUCAUGCUGAGCGCGCCCUUCGUGGCCUCGUCGGCCGCCCUGCACCACUGGCCCUUCGGCCCGGCGCGGUGCCGCGCGGUGCUCAGCGUGGACGGCCUCCACUCAUUCCCCAGCGUCUUCUGCCUGGCCGUGCUCAGCGUGGACCGCUACCUGGCUGUGGUGCAUCCGCUGCGCGCUGCCACCUGCCGCCGGCCCGGCGGGGCCAGACUGGUCAGGGGUGUGUGGCUGUCGUCCUCGCUGGUCACCCUGCCCCUUGCCGUCUUCGCCGACACCAGGCCGGCUCGCGGCGGCAGGGCCGUGGCCUGCAACCUGCACUGGCCGCGCCCAGCGUGGUCGGCGGUCUUCGUGGUCUGCACUUUCCUGCUGGGCUUCCUGCUGCCCGUCCUGGCCGUCGGCCUGUGCUACGUGCUCAUCGUGGGCAAGAUGCGGGCGCUGGCGCUGCCGGCCGGCUGGCAGCAGCGGAAGCUCUCCGAGAAGAUCACGUGGCUGGUGCUGACGGUGGUGGCCGUCUUCGUGCUCUGCUGGCUACCUUUCUACGCGGUGCAGCUGCUGAACUUCUCUGUGACGGGCCUGGAUGCCACCGUCAACCACGUGUCCCUCAUCCUCAGCCACGCCAACAGCUGCGCCAACCCCAUCCUCUACGGUUUCCUCUCUGAAAACUUCCGCCGGUCCUUCCAGCGGGUUCUCUGCCUGCGCUGCUGUCUCCUGGAUGCCUCUGGCGGUGCAGACCAAGAGCCACUGGACUUCUGUGCCACCGCCCUCAAGAGCAGAGGGGGCGCAGGAGCCACGUGCCCCCCACUCCCCUGCCAGCAGGAGCCCAGGCAACCAGAACCCAGCCGCAAGCAGGUCCCCCUCACCAGGACCACCACCUUCUGAGAUGCCCUCCCCACCCACCCAGCGUGGCCACCUCCAAGGGAUCUGCACCACCCUACAGCCCAGCAGAUCGCCGGUGCCGGAUGCUCCCCUGAGAACCACCACCUUCCUCCACAGGCACCUGCUUCCCGCAGUCUUCGUGCAACCCCAAGAGCAUCAGGGCCCCUCAGGCUUCCCCUCUCCCCAGCAUGCUGACUUUCAGAAGGAUGCUUCCAUGGGGGUAGGACCCUCUGAGAACUGAUCUAGGAUGUGAAUCAUUCCUGAAACUCUGGCUGGUUUUUGAGGGGGGAGGAGGGAGGAUGCCAGGGAGGAGUGGCCACCUGCACGUGACUUGUCACAGCAGCUCUGCCUGGGAGGGGACUGUCCGGACGGUGGAGGGAGCCGGCACCCCUGCUCUGCGCAGACUCUCUCUCUGCCUGUGGUGGGGACACAGCGUGUUCGGAAAGAGGAGGAGGAAGGGAGAUGCCUCCAAAUGCUCUCCCUCUGCUGCUGUUCCAGGGCCCUUGUGCAGAGAGAUAUUUGUGUGUGACAGCCUGGGGCCCAGACUCUGUCACCCCCCUGACCACCCCCCGGCCCAAUACCUGCUUGCAAUCACAAGUGUCACCCUGGUUGUCCUGGGCCGGUAGCAGGCUUUUUGUGAGUAGAAAAGGUUUAGAGAGACCUGGAGUGGGGUUUAUUAUGAGGCAUGAAACCAGGUCCAUAAUAAAGAAGCGGAGAGGAUAAAUCUCAUCUAGCUCCAAUGAUGGGAUUUCUUGCCCCCUCCCUCUGGGUGGGAGGGGAGCAAGGGAAGGUGAAAGAAGACCAGAGAAGGCAGAUGGAAAUCAGCCCGGAUUUUGAAUGGAGGA